UCCAGAACUCUCUGGUCGUCUUGCUUCCUCUUCUUUCUUAGAACUCUCUCCAUUUUUCUUUGCCUAUUCCUUUCUACCACUCUCUAUGCGUUUCCAUUAUCUCUGCAUACAACCCUAUGGCUAUACAUAUAAAAUUCAUAGUCCUCAAUUUCACUCCAGUUCAAAAAUCACGCAACAAAGCAACCAAAUUCAACACAAAACGAAAAGGGCAAAAGAGAAAAAAACUUUAAAGAAAAACCCUGAAAACCAAUACAAUAUUCUUGAGCUUUCCUUCUCUGGUUUUGUUUCUUUCUUGUCAGACAUUCUUCAAUAAUGGCAAAAACUGAAGGCAAGGCUGUUGGGAUUGAUCUUGGCACUACAUACAGCUGUGUUGGAGUAUGGCAAAAUGAUCGUGUUGAGAUCAUAGCCAACGAUCAAGGCAACAGAACUACUCCUUCUUAUGUUGCUUUCACCGACACCGAACGCCUUAUAGGCGACGCAGCCAAGAACCAAGUUGCUAUGAAUCCUCAAAAUACUGUCUUUGAUGCUAAACGUCUCAUUGGCAGAAGGUUCUCUGAUCCAUCUGUUCAAAGCGACAUGAAACACUGGCCUUUUAAGGUAGUCCCUGGCCCUGGUGACAAGCCCAUGAUUGUGGUUCUAUAUAAAGGCGAAGAGAAACAGUUCGCUCCUGAAGAGAUUUCUUCGAUGGUUCUAAUUAAGAUGAAGGAGAUUGCUGAGGCUUAUCUGGGUCAGACUGUGAAGAAUGCUGUGAUUACAGUGCCUGCUUAUUUCAAUGACUCGCAAAGACAGGCUACUAAGGAUGCGGGUGCUAUUUCAGGCCUAAAUGUUAUGAGAAUUAUCAAUGAGCCAACUGCUGCUGCUAUUGCCUAUGGUUUGGACAAGAAGGGCUCGAGGUCUGGUGAGAAGAAUGUGCUGAUUUUCGAUCUUGGUGGAGGAACAUUUGAUGUUUCUCUUUUGACCAUUGAAGAAGGAAUUUUCGAAGUGAAAGCUACUGCUGGUGAUACCCAUCUUGGAGGUGAGGACUUCGAUAACAGGCUUGUUAACCAUUUUGUUGCAGAGUUUAGGAGGAAGCACAAGAAGGAUAUUAGUACUAAUGCUAGAGCUUUGAGAAGGUUGAGGACUGCUUGCGAAAGGGCCAAGCGGACUUUGUCUUCAACUUCACAAACUACUAUUGAGAUUGAUUCUCUUUAUGAAGGCAUUGAUUUCUAUUCUACCAUAACUAGAGCAAGAUUUGAAGAGCUGAACAUGGAUUUGUUUAGAAAGUGCAUGGAGCCUGUAGAGAAAUGUCUUCGCGACUCUAAGAUAGACAAGAGUCAAGUUGAUGAUAUCGUUCUUGUUGGUGGCUCAACAAGAAUUCCAAAAGUUCAACAACUUCUCCAAGAUUUCUUCAAUGGGAAAGAGCUUUGCAAGAGCAUAAAUCCGGAUGAGGCCGUGGCCUAUGGAGCUGCUGUCCAAGCUGCAAUUUUAAGUGGUGAAGGUGAUCAAAAGGUUCAAGAAUUGCUUCUCCUGGAUGUCACUCCUCUCAGCCUUGGUAUUGAGACUGCCGGUGGUGUGAUGACAGUCUUGAUUCCAAGAAACACAACAAUUCCUGCCAAGAAAGAGCAGAUCUUCUCCACUUAUUCUGAUAAUCAGCCGGGAGUACUUAUCCAAGUUUAUGAAGGUGAAAGAGCAAGAACCAAGGACAACAAUCUUCUUGGCACAUUUGAACUUAAGGGCAUUCCUCCAGCACCUAGAGGUGUUCCUCAGAUAAAUGUAUGCUUCGACAUCGACGCAAAUGGAAUCUUGAAUGUAUCCGCUGAAGAUAAGACUGCAGGAGUGAAGAACAAGAUCACAAUUACCAAUGACAAGGGAAGAUUAAGCAAAGAAGACAUAGAGAGGAUGGUGCAAGAAGCAGAAAAAUACAAGGCAGAGGAUGAGCAAGUGAAGAAGAAGGUGGAAGCGAAGAAUGCGCUAGAGAACUACGCCUACAACAUGAGAAAUACAGUUAAAGAUGAAAAAUUUGCAGGUAAAUUGGAUUCAGCAGACAAGCAGAAGAUUGAGAAGGCAAUUGACGAGACAAUCGAGUGGUUGGAUGGGAACCAACUAGCAGAAGUGGACGAAUUUGAGGACAAAUUGAAGGAGUUGGAGGGCUUGUGUAAUCCAAUCGUUUCAAAGAUGUAUCAAGGAGGUGCUGGUGGAGAUGUUCCAAUGGGCGGUGGUGCAAAGCCAGGAAGUGGGUACGGUAAUGCUAGCUCCGGUGGCUCUGGUUCAGGGCCAAAAAUUGAGGAGGUUGAUUGAGGGUCGAAAGAGGGUCCAUUUUCGAUGUUCUGUUAAUGAGCAGUGCUCUGUUUACUCUGUUUCAGCUUCUGCUUCUUCUUAUUAUUCUAAAAUGAUGCAUGUGUGUUAUGUAGAGACAGAGAAAUAGCAUAUGUUUUCUUUUGAUUCAUGAAAUAAAAAAAGUUAUAUUUUGUUGCUA